AUGGCUCCUUCGGCGCCUCAUAUCUCCAGCCAGCUACGGCAGCUCAUAUACUACCAUCUCGACAACAAUCUCCUUCGUAACGCCCUCUUCCUGGCCGGCCGCCUCCAUGCGUUCGAACCUCGGUCCUCUGAAGCCGCAUACCUACUCUCGCAGUGUCUCCUACAGUCCGGCCAGCCAAAAUAUGCCUGGGAAGUUUGUCGCAAUGCAGGAUCGCGCGGGACACAUGUUGGAUGUGCCUAUGUCUACGCCCAGACAUGUCUAGAUCUUGGACACUAUAUGGAGGGAAUCACUGCGCUGGAAAGGAGUAAAACUCAGUGGGUGUCAAAGAACAACUGGAAUAAACAUAGUGAAAACCGACGACACCAUCUACCUGAUGCAGCUGCAGUUAUUUGCCUGCAGGGAAAGUUAUGGCAUGCGCACAAAGAUAUACACAAAGCCGUCGACUGCUAUGUUGAAGCACUCAAGCUCAAUCCAUUUCUUUGGGAUGCAUUUCUUGGUCUUUGUGAGACAGGCGCAAAUGUCCGAGUGCCGAAUAUUUAUAAGAUGACACCGGAAAUGGUCGCCAUGCUUACUCCCUCGCCAUCAGAGAAUUCCAUGGCUUCGGAGAAGGCUAUCACCAAUGGCCAGCCGCUGCAAACUCAGCCAAACGUCAAUCACAACGUUGACCCUUUUCUAUCUCUCAACGGAACCAGUUAUGGAAGCUCUGCACUCUGGGAAAAACUAAAUGGGAGCACUGUUAGCGUGGCAUCCGGAUCCGGGUGCGCAACAGUCCCCGAAGGGGUUGAAACCCCGAUUACGCAGAGUGAUUCGGAUGAUUUCCGUGUCCGUCCCAGUGCGAGUGCAGGAGAGUCUUAUGGCGAACCACCAUUUGCGCCUGCCCGACGACAAAGAUCUAUGCAAGUAUUAGGCGUCGAGAGUGGUGUAGAUCCACCAAGAAUGAAGUCUACCAGCACACGAUCCAAGUCGAAACCAAAAACCACAGGACCUGCUGAGGAGUCAGCUUCCGGUAAAGAAUCCACGUCUACACAGCAAGCCGUUUCAGCAAUGGACCGCAAAAGGACCGUAUCCGGGCAUAUUGCUCCAACAAAUUCGGCACAGCAGCCAGUUGAACCUGGUGCCCCCCAACGACGAAGUGUUCGUCUAUUCAAUCAGAUCCGGCCCACCAGUAAAUUCUCCACGACGGCAGCCACCCUUGGAUCACGAGAGGGACGGGAGAUUAAAAAGGCAAAGUCUACCAGCUCAAAGAGUCGCAGCACCGCUAUCGCUGCUCCCAUCGGACGAACAACUGGUACCACGCGGAAACAAGGUGAGUCCACAGACGUCGAAGCCAAGGAGAGCCGGUCGGGCGGCAACUCGUCGGAAUCUCUCAAUGGCGUGUCAAGGACUCAAGUACCGGAUAAAUCGAAAGAGAUAGAUGCUCUAAGCUGGACACUAGAUCUCUUUUCUAGGCUGGCAAGCGGGUACUCGGCUCUAAGCAGUUACAGGUGUCAAGACGCACUUCAGAUCUUCAACUCUCUUCCUCAGAACCAGCGUGAAACGCCCUGGGUAUUGUCUCAAAUCGGCCGAGCCUAUUACGAACAAGCGCUAUACAGUGAUGCAGAGAAAUACUUCAUCAGGGUGAGGACCAUAGCGCCAUCACGUAUGGAAGGGAUGGAGGUAUACUCUACAGUAUUAUGGCACCUCAAAAACGAAGUCGAGCUUGCGUACCUUGCGCACGAGCUGAUGGAUACUGAUCGCCUGGCACCCGAGUCGUGGUGUGCGAUUGGAAACUCCUUCUCUCUCCAAGGAGACCACGAUCAAGCCUUGAAAUGCUUCAAACGAGCAGCACAGCUUGAUCCCAGAUUCGCAUACGGCUACACCUUACAAGGACACGAGUAUAUGUCUAACGAAGAAUACGACAAGGCUCUCGACGCCUAUCGACAUGCUAUCAACGCUGAUCCUCGCCAUUAUAGCGCUUGGUACGGUCUCGGAAAGGUCUACGAACGAAUGGGUAAACUCAAGUUCGCUGAGCAGCAUCUUCGCACCGCCUCUAAUAUCAACCCAGCCAACGUGGUCUUGAUCUGCAGCAUAGGUCUGGUUCUAGAGCGCCAGAGUAACCUCAAGGCAGCAUUGCUACAGUACAGCCGCGCUUCGUCGCUAUCGCCGCAGUCAGUCCUAGCUCGACUCCGAAAGGCACGAACGUUACUUAAGCUUAAUGAAGUGAACCUUGCCCAUAUCGAGUUGAAGGUUCUAAAGGAUGUAGCGCCCGAUGAGCCUAACGUGCAUUACCUGUUGGGCAAGCUGUAUAAAAUGAUGCACGACAAGGGAAAUGCGAUAAAACAUUUCACUACCGCCCUGAACUUGGAUCCUAAGGCUGCUCAAUUCAUCAAAGAAGCCAUGGAAUCCCUCGAAAGCCCUGAUGAUGUUGAUGACGAUAUGACAUGA